ACCAAGACCAAGAGUGAGGCGACUGACAGCCGGAAGGCCCCCAAAAUCCCCAAAUAACAAGAAAAACACCACCACACCACCGCACCGCCGCUCCACCACAUCCCCAUUAUCACCGCCACACCACCACGUCCUUGAAAGACAGUCACGUUCCCUCCUGAGGUUCUGAGUGAACAGGUGCUCUCAGCUCUCCUCUCCCUCUCUCUGGCUCUCCCUCCCGCCUUGGUAGCCAGCCCACCAUGAAGGUUAAGGGGCCAAGAAUGUCGGCAGAUAUCAGCCUCUCCUGCCCAGCGCUGGCCAAAAUACUUCUCCAUGCAGCCCGUUACCCACAGACAGCAGUGAGUGGGGUGGUGCUGGCUCCCGCGCGUAGUGGAGGGGGUGGAGACACUGGCACCCCCUCCACUGUGACGCUGGUGGAUGCUGUGCCACUCUUCCACCUCAACCUCUCCCUGGCACCUAUGCUGGAAGUGGCCCUCACCCAGAUUGAGCAGUGGUACAAGACAGAGGGGCUGGUCAUCGCCGGCUACUACCAAGCCAACGAAAACAUCAAGGACAACGUGCCGGACUUUGUGGCGCUGAAGGUGGCUGAAAAGAUUGCCGAGAACAAUAAUGAUGCCUGUCUGAUUAUGAUUGACAACAGCCGCCUGUGUCUGGACCUGGUGGUGGCGCCAGUCAUCGUGUCGCAGCUCACCUCUGAGGGGAAGUGGAAGAGCAAAGACAGAUCCAGUGUACACGUGGAGGCAGGGGCACUGGAUGUGGUGUCACAGCUGCUGCAGCGGCGGGUGCAGCAUGACGUGUGUGACUUUGACAACCACUUGGACGACCUCACCUGUGACUGGGCCAACCCACAGAUUAACAAGCUCCUCACCACCCUCAGUGCGGCUGCCCAGGACUAGCUUACCACCACCACUCCUACUUGGCCAUCCACACGUCUGUCUGUGUGUCUUUUGUGCCUCUGGGUUUUGUCUAGUGGCCAGGUGCAGGUAUGGUAGACAGGAUAUGAUAAAUUCCUCAAGGGUUUGAUACUUAGGUGAGUUAGCUGUCUGUCAAUAAGAGAGUAUUUGCUUCCAGUCUGCUCACCACACACAGCAGGGACAUUAAGACACAAGAGCUUAGUCACACCUUUAGGGAUAACAGUAGUGUUCAUGUCUCCUGUACCUGACUUGCUGGCCACUGACCCUUGUUCCAGUACACCCUCAAGUAUGUCUUUGCAGAACCACUUACUGGAGGUGAGAGAGAGAGAGAGAGAGAGAGAGAGAGAGAGAGAGAGAGAGAGAGAGAGAGAGAGAGAGAGAGAGAUAAGUAAUGUAUUCUUACUCAGAAUUCCAUUGUUAUAUAGAAUACCAAUAUACUUGAAAAAAAAAUAUGACUGCAUUUAUAUAUGAUCAGAUUUAUAUUGGUGGAGAUGGAGAGGCUGAAUAAAGAGAGAGACUUGGUAGAUAUGGGAGGUUUUGAUUCAUAGGUGCUGUGAAUACUAGCAGAUGACAUGCUCAGUAUCUUGUGCUCUGUGUGGUCUUGCUGUGUUCCCAGUAUCACAUGAGCUGAACGGGAGAGAAUAAGGGAACUCAGAAUCCUCAUUUAUCACAGAUUGCUUUGUGGGGUGUUUAGGUGAUGAGAUUGUGAUGCUGUUUAUCUUGUUCUCUUGGUCAGUAUGUCCCCAUUGUGUCAUAAACUCAAUGGGACAAUGGGAAGACUUGUAACCUUAAAUUUUUAUUGCUACACUGACAUUGCUCUGUGGGAUGUUUAGUGGAUCAGAGUGUUAUGCUGUGUACCUUGUUCUCUUGGCUAUUUGUUGCUAUAUUCCCUGUGUGUCAUAAGAGGCAACUAAAUGAACUAAAUGAGGCAGAAUGUGAGGACUGGGAACCCUUUAUUUUCAAUUCCUACAGUGACUUGCCAACAUUCCUCUGUGGGGGUGCUGGGUUGGUAAACAGACUUUGAGUUCCCAGCUGGGUCCACUGGAAUGAGGCUUUGUUGUACUUCCUCUCACACUUGCUGGGUCAUCCAUAUUCAUUUGUGUAUGUUGACAGUGUUAUGUUGUUUCUUUGGGUUAUUUUUUUAAAUUUUUUAUUUAUUUAUUUUUUUUUUUAAGGGCAUUUCUGUUCAUUGCCUCAAGUUUCUGUUCGUCAGCUUUGAUGUUCAGGUUAUUAUUGUGCACAGGUGAAUCUCAGUUUAUUAAUUUAUUAUGUUUCUUAAGAAAAAAAUGUUUAGCAAAAGUGUCAGAUUUUGUAUUUUCAUGACUGCAUCUAAAAUUACAUUUAACAAAAUAAUUAUGAUUUUUAGUUUUUAUUUGUAAAUGUGCAUUUUUUGUAUGGUUAUCUGUACAAAGGACAAAAAUUACCCAUGACUUCAAAACCCACGAAUUGAAUAUUUGUUAGCUGAGAUUGACCUGUGUGUCUCUUAACAGAAUUAAUUGAAGAACAUUCAUCACCACACUACCACAUUCCCAUCCAUUGUGUGGUUCCUUUGUGCCUGUCAGACUUGCCAGUGAGCUGAGUAAGGCCAGGAGAGAGGGAAAUCAAGAGGCAUAUUUUUAUAUAAUUUUAUCCUGAGUGCAUUCACCUAGUCAUUUGGUGCAAGACUCCUUUAUCCCUCAUGUGUUUCCCCAGUCACUCACAAACACCAACACAAGGGGAGGGAAGUGUUGUGAGUGUGGUCUCUGGAGGCACUGUAUAUUUAUUGUUAAUAUUCUGUUGUUGUUUUUUUUUUUUUUUAUCAAGUUCAUGUAUCUUGUAUGUAUAUUUGUGUUGGAUUUUAAUGAUACACUGCAGGAAGAUGUAAAGUUGAGGUAAGAUGUAGAUAACAUGGAAUUUUACACAGUAGGGAAGGUAUCAAGAAGAGCAGAGUAAUGUAAUGUAGAGUAAGAGUAGAUAAGAGUAGUGUGAGUUGUAGAAUGUUGGAGUAUUGUACUAUAGAAGGGAGGGAGUAGUGCAGUGGGAGACACAGUAGUGGUGCUGAGGGGAUGGUGGGUAUCAAAUUGAAUCAGGAUUUGGAUACAUCUGUGUACAGUAAACCCUUAAUCUAAUGGAACACAGCAUAAUAGAUUCUAAAAUUUCAUGAAUCUUUCAGAGUAAUACGGUACAUCAAUUGAUAAUUUCAAAGAUUAAAGCUAAAAUAUCACAGUCUAAAUCCUGUAUAUAUGGUAACUUGAUUUUCUAUAGAGCACUGUGCUGUGCUGUACUGUAUUAAGAUGAUCUGUAUAACAUAAAAGCUUCAGCAGACAGAGCAUUAACUGACAUUCCUACAAUUUUUACAGACUUUCAAUAUAAUUAGAUUUCCCUUUCUAUUUAAGCCUUUCACUGCUUUUUGGUAUAUCUUUCCUUAAUCAAUAACCACUCCAAGACAUCUUUUCUUGUUCUGCAGCCACUUCCAAACAUUAUACUGGCUGGAAACUGCAAAAUCUAUUCUUUUCGGUGAUUUUCUUGUAGAUGCUUAUAAAGAUUUCACACAUUUCUCCUACAGCUCUUAAUUCUUGCAUAUCAUAGUGAAAGGGUUAAAAAGUCAGCGUUGACAUACAUAUCCCCCUUCCCUGUUAGUUCCUCAGAUUAAGGAUUCACUGUACUGAGAUGCCACUGAACACAGAUUAUAGUGCGGUCAAGUGUACACAAUGUUGAUGUCAAUUGUUAAGGAAGGAGUUUUCACCUGUGGGAGUAAUAAAGACUAACAAAUCAUC